AUGUAUGCAUGCGUACCUUACAGCCAACAGAACCCACUCGGAAUCUCGAAGCAACAACGACCCCUCAUAGACGAAACGGGCUGGAUCGACGGUACCGUCACGGAGUGGCUUACAAAUUACGCUGAAGAGGCAUGGCGAAAAUUUGCUCCCCGUCUUCACCGAGAAACACGCGCAACACAACAUCCGGUCUUUGCCAUCAAUCUCGCCGCUCAAGAAAGCCGGGCCAAUAUCAAACUUUCGCCGCCUCCGUCUCCGACAUCCGCCCGGAGUCCUCCGGCAGCCCGUCGGUUUGAUAGCCUCAAGUUCGUUGAUCUGCAAAACCUGAGGCUCUCAAGAAUCUGGCAAAUCUGGCUACCUUGCCGAUGGGGUCCACAAAGGAUUAAGCUU